AUGCUGGAGCUGGAGUCGACGUACGAGGCGCUGGAGGCGGGCGCGGGCGCGGAGACGCGAGGCGCGAGCGCGAACGUUCUCGCGCGAUUGCCGAGACGAGAGUACAGAGGGACGACGAUGACGACGCGGGUGUGCGCGGUGUGUCUGGAGACGUUCGUGGACGGGGAAGUGGUGAAGCGGGCGUCGUCGACGUGUUCGCACGAGUUUCACGACGCGUGCAUCGACGCGUGGCUCGCGCGACGGGAUUGUUGUCCGAUGUGUCGAACGCGCGCGGAGGCGCCGACGGGACGGGUGGAAUUUGAAAUCGAUUGA